AUGUACGAGCGUCUGUUGAGCUUACACGAGGCCCAUCUGCCCAAGGGUAAUCCACACGUAGUCAAACGUAGUACUUCCGCUGUCUAUUUUCUCGUUUACACAUACAUAUGUACAUAUUUAUCUGUGGUAUGCGGCAAUCGGAGUGGUCAGCGUGGGAACAGGCAGCUGCUGGUACGAAACGAGCAACUCGAAUACAACAAAUACGAUCCACUUAAAGCCGAAAUUCACAGCAUUCAUGAGCAACAGAACACCAUAUUGAUAUUGCUGAUCGUCUUGCUGGCACUCAUUGCUAUAAGAUACAUAUACAAAUGUGUACGUUGGUUCCGACGUAAUCGCAUCUUCACAUCAAUGCUAAAGAAGCUGCACAAGCAGCAUGAAGCCGCCGGCACUGGCACAAAUGGCAAGGAUAUGGCAGUGGGAGCGACAAUAUCCAAUGUGAUGGCCAUAAAUGGUGAUAUGGAGCGAGCGCCAUCGCAGAUAUUUAGUGUAACGGGCGCUGAAGGCUCGGUAAUGACAAUGACAACACCAGUCAGCACACGCUAUCCGGCGGAGAAUAGCACUACACCAACAACAGUGGUGACAGAGUAUUCGUAUGAUAAUCAAGCGCUUGCAUUGACGCCUGUUUCGGAGAAACCAAAUGGUGGUGUGCACGCCUUUUGAACGCAUUUGAGGAUAUGUUUGCCAUAGCGAGAAGAGCGGAGUUGGGGAGAGGAAUUUCUAUCGAGAGACAGUAAAGGUGAAAAAUGAGCGAAUAACGUAUUUGGGAGAUCUGUCGUAGAGAGACGUGUUAGUUAAAUGAUAUUAUAUAUUGAAUCAUCAGUUAAAAAUUAUGAAAGUAUUACACGUCGGCCCAGUAAAGGAAGUUUUCACGACUACUUAACCUAAUUAGGCAUACGCUGAAGAUCAUCAUUAUAUUGGCACCGAUCGUGUAAGAGAUGAUCAAUCUUAUGGAAGCAAAUACUAUAUACCUACCUCGCUUGAUUGACUAUCUCAGUCGGGAGGUUCGUUGUUUUGUUCGAACUAUUGGUUUGAGUAAGCGGGGAAGCAACUCUAUCAUUUCGAUUUCGAAGUUUUAUUAGUGCGGAAAAGUUGUGUUACAUGAUAACGUUGAAUCGUGUUCAACCGUUUUCCGAUCGAAGAUUAAGAACACGUAUUCAAAGUAUAAAAGAAUCUCAAUUUAAGAGAUAUUUCGAAACUUUAAGGCUCUUGGAGCGACCGUAUAUAUUAUUCCAUUCAAUGUUUUCCACUUACGCAACUUUUUCGCACUACUAGAAUUUCGAAAUUGAAAUUGUUGAUUUUUUCGCUCCACCCUACGGUUCAUUUUCCUACAACCCAUGCAAAUAUCAACAAAAAAAAAAAUUCUAUAAAAGCAGCUAAAAGCUAGUUACUUUGGCAAAAAAAAAUUUAAUAUCUACAAGAUUCAAUUUUUUAUGAAUCGCUUAUGACUCGUAUGUAAAGUACACCUGUGACGUCAAUUAUACACUCAUGUACUUAAAAUUAGUAAUUUAUUUAGCUGUAAAUUAAUGAGAAAUCAUUGGUAAAUUGUUUGAAUAAGCAACGAAUACAUCAUUGAAGAAGAUAUUAGAGAGCAAAUGUGAAUUCUUAAAAAAAAAAAAAAA